ACAGAAUAUUAGAAAAUAGUGUGACUAUGGACAUUAUUUAAUAUGAAACGUCCUAAGACAAAUUAAGUUUGCUAUAGCAACAUGACGUCACCAGCUUCAAAGGUAGGUUCAGGUGGAAGCACAUCGGGGUCAAUAAAGUACUCUGAAGACUCUUCCGGUAGUCUUCCGCAUCACGUGUCCCCUACGUCACCCACUCGUGGACCAACGAAAGUUAAGUUUGGGGUCAAAAGCUAUCUCCAUCAUUUUUAUGAAGAUUGCGCGGGAAUUGGAGAUGUGGACGAGGACGCGGAAUAUGACGGGUAUCAAGUAAAACCUAAAAGCCUCAGGCGAUGGGACAUCUUGAGCACAGUUGGAUUCUCAGUUGCAAUUAUCCUAAUCGUCGCGGGAAUUGUUCUUUUGCUUGUUGGAUUCCUAGUUCCUGCGAAACGAACCAGAUUCGUACUUGGACGAAACACAUAUGUCAAGCAAGACAAUGUCGAGUUUAAUAAAUUUCUCAUGUAUUCACGGUGGGCAGGAGCGUUUACUUUCUGUUUUGGAGGGAUCAGUCUGUCUGUAUGUAUCGCACUAAUUGGCUUCGGAAAACUCAACAAGCAAAGCGAAAUGGCCGAAAGGAAAAUAUUCGAGGACCGACUCCAACGUUCAACAUCCUCUAAGGACGAGCAAAGUUACCAAGGGACAGAUGAGUUCGGUAAUCUAGUGCAAUACGGCACUUGUGGAACUACUACUAUACCUACGCCGACACUAUCAACCUCAUACCCCGUACCGAUGUCUUUAAGAGAAGUUACACCAGUUCAACCAAAUGGGGACGAUCGGUGAUAUUAAGAAAAACAAGAAUCCCAGUCCUUUCACUACUUUAUAUAUUUACCUGAGUUUCACGUUUUAAUAACUGUUCAAAAUUUCAAGUAAUUUCUCUUCUAGUUUAAUCGAAUUCAAAUUAGUCACUUAUAAAGUUCUAUUAUUAAGUAAAUGGGAUCGAACUGUCAAUGCUGCAAAAACUCACUGCCGAUUUUUCUUAUUCUCCACAUUUAAAACUUACAUUUGUGAAAGUACAAUUUGUUGAAAAAUUCUAAAUUAUGUGAGGUCGUUGUAUCAUAUUUGUACUCGCAUAAUGAAAACGUGAAAAGGUAUUGCGGCGAUGAUAAAAUGCGUUUUACAGGAGUUUAAUCGGAUUUAUUUUAUACAUUGAAUAUGCUCCAGCCGUCUAUGCUUUAAAAACUCAUUGUCACUGCCAAUAGUUUUAUUCGCCAUAUGUGGACAUAAAUUCCCCAAUAAUCAGUAUGAACAUUGGACUAUUGAAUCUGUUUGUUGUAUCAAGCUUACGUACUGAAAAUGUAAUAAUUUUAGACUGAAAUUGACUGAAAGCCGUUUUCUACGAUUUAGAGAAAACUUUCUAACAAGAGUUGUUAUUGUAAAUAGAUCCAGCGCCAGUUGUUAUAAUAUUUAUGAUAUUUAGUUAAUUUAUUUAUGCAUGGGUACUUGCUGUUUUCAAACUUGAGUAGUUUUAUACAGUGUGCACAAGUGAACACUGCUAAUAAUUAUCGGACUGAGUAUUAUGAAAUAUUUGGAAUGUGUUUGAUCUAUUUCUCUGUUUAUUUUUCUCUUCUUUUUACAUUUUCAUGAUGUAAUAAUACAUUCCAUCUGCAUUAUG